AAUAAAUCAGUUUAAAAAAUUCAAGAAACAAGAAAUAAAAAGAAAUAAAUAAAAAAUGGAUGAAGAAGCAAUGUGGCGUGGGAUUUACAACCAAAUCCAGGAAAACAAGAAAAAUCAGGAGCCAACUGAAAAUGAAAAGAUAAUCCAAGAUCUCGAUGGCGGCUUCUUCGAGCGCUUUGGCUCGCUCCUCCAGCAAGCAGAGAGCAAACACGAGGAAGUUGUCCUUGCUGCCAUGCCGCAAAUGGAAGCUGUACCCGAACAGCAUGACGAUGGCGGCGACAGUGGCGUCGAAAUUGCUGCCGACUCCGAUUCCGAGCAAGACUCGGAACAAGCAAAAGCCGACAAAUCCGUUGAUUUUAUCGAAACCGCAGUCGGAUGGAACUUAGAGGAACUCUACGAGGAAAUUAUCUUCGAAACCUUGCACAACAUUGGGCGCGAAGACGAAGAUUUGGGCGACGAGGUGCUCUUCCGUUACCUUCAAGACUGUUUCAAAUUUUCCAAUGACAAGCACGAGACGCUGCUCGAGCAGGCACGCAGCAAAGAAGCGCCCGAAAUAAGACUGAAUGUGGAGGUGAUCGAGGCAAAAGAUCUCAAAUCCAUGGAUCCAAACGGGCUUGCGGAUCCCUUUGUGACCCUUUACAUCGAAUCGAAUCCGAGUCAUCGGUAUAAUACGUCCGUUAAAGCGACAACUCUCACGCCCAAAUGGGAGGAACAUUUUUCGUUGCCGAUUAGCGAGGAGCCGAACAACGAAAAUCUGAUAAUUGAAGUGUGGGAUUUUGAUCCAGCGGAAACUAUCAAGGAAAAAGUCGGAAAAGUCUUUGAUGUUAAGGGUGUGAAGGGCAUCCGGAGACUGCUGAAGGAGAUUGCAGUCACUUCCUAUGCGGGAAGUCACAAAAAUGAGCUCAUUGGGAAGACUUAUGUGCCACUUAAGACAAUUCCCGCUUCUGGCAUCGUAAUGUGGUACAGCCUCGACAAAAAAGGAAAAACAAAACGCACGGGUCUCGUAAAAAUCCGCAUCAACUUCAGUUCGCAGAAAAACACGCAAGUAGCGAUGCAAGAACACAGGCAUUUACUUAAAAUUCUCCUCUUGCACGAGUUGGAAACAUCAAAAGUCGCUCCAUUUUGGUGGUCCGGCAAGUUCAGCAAUGAAGGAGACACAAUUCUCACCCAACACGCAGCUCAAAGUGGCUUAACUCAAACCGAUAUCGCCCUUUCUCGAUGGUCUGUCUUUUGCGAAGUGCAUUGCGAGCAUCCCCUAGCGUUUAGUCUCUUCGACGGACUGCUCGAUAAAAUCGUUCGUGUCAUCCAAUCACGUGCCUCACACGAAGAAGUGCGACUUUUUUGGGAAUCUACGAAAAAAUUGCUUCCGUCCUGCAUGAAUACGAUUCGAAAACUCAGAAAAAGUGUCUCAGGUGACAAAAAUACAAUCCGGAUGGUCGCCGAGGCACUGAGUAUCAUCUCAAAAGUGGCAAUGAUUCAACCGCCGGAGGAUUUUGACCUGUUCCCGGCUCAACUUUAUGGCUGGCUGCCGAAAUCCGACACGAACGGUUGGGAUAUUCGCACGACACUGACAGAUGCGGUGCGCGUCGGUGCGGAAAACUGGUUCUUGCACAUCACCGAGCAAAAUCCCUCGAAUUACGAGACAAACGAGGAACGCCUGCAGCAUUUAAUCAAAAUUAUCCAGCUAGUCAGAUCGGAUUUGCAACGUGCCAUCGAGCAUUACGACAAAAUUUUCCGGGAAAUUAUUCAUUUUCAGUACACGCGAGAGUUGUACAACGUGUACGAGGCACUGCUUGCGGACAUGGUGCAGCCCGAAGUGCUCGAUGUGUGUCGGAGUCUCAAGCGGAUCCACUUGCAGGACGAUCAGAGUCCCGUGCAUGUCGAUAAUCGCGAGAUUAAUAUGGGCACGACGCUGUUCGAGUUGUAUUUGGUGCUGAAACGGUUUGUGAUGCUCGGCACGGGACUCACUCAGACGCCCGAGGAAUAUAAAAUCACGAAUUAUUAUCAGUGGUUCACGGCGGGCGUCUCACAUUGGCUCGAUAUUUCGCUCUAUAAGGCAAUGACGCGCAUCAAGAAAGCCAUUGAGCUCGAUACGCUCGCACCGGUUGACGAAUCACUCAAAAUGUCGUCGUCGGCAGUCGAUACACUCGCAAUUUUUCACCAAAUUAAGAUUUUCUGGCACCAAUUGGGAUGGCCCGACAUCGAGGGAUCGUACAUGUUUGUUGGCAAAAUCGUCGAUGACAUUUGUCAAUGUUGCGUCUUUUAUGCAAACAAAAUGUCGGAACGUGUCGAUGGACUUGGCAACGUAACCACCGUGUACGAGCAAAAGUUCGAAGUAACGCCGGAAUGGUGUCUCGCAAUCAACAAUAUCGACUACAUUCGGCAAAAUCUCAUGGCAUUUGUAAAAGAGUUGGGAAUUGACGAUAUAAUCAAGCGAAUGUCGGAUUUUAAGAGUCCCGAGGAAGCGGAACGUUGCGCACAAACACUGACGAAUGUCACGGAAAACGCAAUCGAUACGGAGAAGAACAAGAUUCUGGAGCUGAUUGAGACGGUGGCGAAGAAAAUGUCGCCGCAGAUGAAGAAAUUUUUGCAGGAAGGCGCUGAAGUGUUGCACGAGGACUCGAAUUCGAUGGAUCGGUUGAUGCUUUAUAUGGAGGACUCGUUAACGACGCUAAAUGCUGAACUGAAUGAGACGAACUUCCAAAGGAUACUGGAUGCGAUUUGGCUUGAGUUGUCGAUUAUUUUGCUGGAAUUGGUACAGACUAAUUUGGAUAAACGUCGUCCGCCAUCUUUCUUCCAAAACUUGCACAAAACUCUUCGUUUGAUGGUUCGCAGCUUCAAAACGCCCGGACAAAAUCACAUGCUCGGCGAAACGCAAGACAUCGAAGUCUUGCACGAAGUCACCAAACUCCUCGAUUUGCACGGACAAGAAACAGCGGAACUCGUGCACUCCUACUACAAAGAACGCGUGAAGGAGCAAAAACUUAUCGAUGAACCGACAAUCGGACAACUUACCAUCCAAACGUACUUUAAUCAAAAUACACUUGAGUUGGAAGUGUUGAGUGCCCGUAACUUACGACCGAUGGAUGCAAGCGGCACCUCAGACUCGUACGUGCGUGUUAAUUUCGUGCCGGAGGAAAAGUUUACAAAUAUCAACAAGCCAAAGACGAAUGUACAGAAAGGCACACUAUUUCCGUUGUACGACGAAAAGUUUUCCAUACCACUAUCGCCGGAACAGCGAGCCAUGAACGAUGCCAUUAUCGUGUUUUGCGUCAAGGAAACCGACAUGUUUGGCGUAUCGCAUCGAUAUAAUGCCGAAUGUUAUCUUAGUUUUAAUGAAAUUACCGAUAUUACCGGAGACAAUGGCAAAGUGCAGCAAUUACUCUUGCCGUUAACGAGACCAUCUAAAACAGCAAUUGUCGAGUCAGAUUGCUUACGUGCUCUGGAAUUACGACAAGGUGAUAAACAAGCGAAGGAGUUUAUGAAAAAAUUGAAACAAAAAAUGAAUGAAAAAUAAGUCGUCCUGUGAAUGUUUCAUUUUAAUUUAUUUUUUUGAUAAAAAUCGCGACUUUUGUUUUUAAAAAAAAUGUAUUUUUAGUGUUUAAAUGUUAAAAAUCUUUGUUUUGUAGAAUUAUUUUUAAAUGUCGUGAGUGCGUUAAAGUAAACUCAUAAAUUAACUCAGACAACAAAAAAUUACUCAAAUGCCUUAAAUUUUAUAGAAUUUAAUGAAGAAAUAAGAAAUUCUGCCUUAGAUGUGAUGAAAGAACAAAA